GUGGCGUCUCGCCGAUCCUCCGACAUUUUUUCGAUGCUGCAAGCCAGACUGAUCUGCGACACUGCACUCGACAUCACAACUCGCUGCACAAAAAUGGGGUCGUUCAAUCCAAACAAGAUUGGCAACAAGAUCAAGAGAAACGAGCAACAUCUCAAAGUAAAGAGGGAGAAGGAGAAUGCCAAGCGAGACGAGCGCAUGCGACGGCGGAGACAUGAGGAUAAGAACCCACAUUUACGAGACCAGCGGCGAGCGAAGAAUGUGCCUGCCACGAUCGACGCAAAGCGAACAUGGGACGAGAUCGACUCGGGCGACGAAGACGAUGCUGGUCUUGGAAAAGCGUUCAACAUUCUGGACCCCAAACGAAGGAAGCUCGAGAGCGUCGCAGAUCAAUCAGAGCUCUUGCCGGAGGAAGCAAAAGACGAUGCGAACAUUCCAGAUGCAGACGCAGAGGAUGUACUACCGGAUGAGGACGAUGACCACGACAGCAUGUUAGACUCUGACUCGGAAGACGAGGAGGGGAGUGAAGCCGAAGGGGAUGAGGACACGGACAAGCAGGGCGAUUCGCGAAAACGUGCUCCCAGCGAAGCGCCCAGUAUAGCCCCGUCAGCAGCGACAGGCGUCACCGAUCUCACCGUGCGACCCGAAGCUCUGAAAGCAAAAUUCCCAGCUCUCUUCGACGAUACCGAUCGCGAACCGAAAGUGCUCAUCACGACUUCGAUAAACUCCACCCUACAUCACGAAGCCGAACUACUUACCGGACUCUUCCCCAAUAGCAAAUACAUCCGACGAACAGCACACUUCCACUCAUACAAAUACAGCGUGCGAGAAAUCUGCUCGUAUGCAUCAGAUGCGGAGCGAGGAUACACACAUGUCGUCGUGCUCAACGAGGACAUGAAGAAACCGAAAGGCAUAGAUAUUGUGCACCUGCCGAAUGGACCCAUGUUCCACUUCAGCAUAUCGAAAUGGAUACCCGGGAACAAAUUACCAGGACACGGUAAUCCAACAAACCACUACCCAGAGCUAAUACUAAACGGCUUCCGCACGCCGCUUGGUUUGCUCGCUGCACAUCUAUUCAAAUCACUGUUUCCUAGUCGGCCAGAGAUCCAAGGUCGGCAAGUCUUGACGCUCCACAACCAGCGAGACUAUAUCUUCUUACGAAGACAUCGAUAUGUGUUUCGUGAUAAGAAAGGAACGGAGAAGCCGAUACAAGGUGCAGACGGAAAGCCAAUGAAGGGUGCUGAGGAUGUUCGCGUUGGAUUGCAAGAGCUUGGACCGAGGUUCACGAUGAAGUUGAGAAGAAUUGACAAGGGUAUUCAGAAGGCCAGUGGGCAGGAAUGGCAAUGGAAGGCUGGUGACGAGAAAGUGCGGACAAGGUUUAGCUUGUAGUGUGUGGAUUGUGGCUGCAGUCGCGUGGCUGCAAGGUGUCUGAGUCUACAGUCCGAGACAAGCAUGGCUAUACGGCUCUUGUCGUUGAUUGGGUUCGCUGCAAGACGACAAGUCUGUUCUAUGCCAAUCCAAGCCACGUCUUGCUGCAGAUUCAGUCCAACGGCUGGCUCGACUGGUCGCCUUUGAUACCAGUGAUAGCUCCACAAUGUCCAAGUCCCGUCUUCUGGGACGGAUUCACAUGCAUCUUUUGAUGUCUCUGUAGCAUAUCGUCUUGUGAUCGAUUUGCUAAACAGGCCCAUCGUGGCGUCGCUUCAGAGGAUUACGCUCCAGCAAACAUCAUCGCCGAGUUCUAGUAGAUCCAAGAUUUUGCAUAUAUUCGCUAGUAACCCGAG